GGGAGCGGGGCCGCCAUGUUGGGCCCGGGGGCGGCGGGACGGGUGCUGAGCCGGGCCCUGAGCCUGAGCCAUGGCCCGGUGAGGGCGGGAACACCGGGAGUGGCGGGGGGACGGGCCCUGAGCCUGAGCCAUGGCCCGGCCUCGGUGGUGGUGGAGCGCGUGUGGCCGGUGCCGCUGGCCCGGGCUGGAGCCGCUCCCCGGCUACACCCGCGGCGACACCGGGUGUACCGAGUGCUGAGGGACGGGAAACACCAACCCCGGGGGGACAUGGAGCUGCUGCUGAGCCGGGCCGUGCAGGACCUGGGCAGCCGUGGGGACGUGGUGAGGGUGAAGAAGAGCCUGGGCAGGAACAAGCUGCUGCCCCAGGGCCUGGCCGUGUACCCAUCCCCGGAGAACCUGCGCCUCUUCCAGCAGGAGAAGGAGCUGGCUCAGCAGGGGAAGCUGGAAGAGCCCCAAACCCAGAGUGGGAAGAAGACCCUGGAGUUCCUGAGGCGCUGCCGGCUCCAGGUGGGGAUGAAGAACAACGUGAGCUGGGAGCUCAGCCCCGACAUCGUGGCCCGGCACUUCCUCAAAAAUGUGAGGGGAUUUGGGGGGUUUUUGGGAUUUGGGGGGAUUUUGGGAUUUCCAGGGUCAAAUCCCAGGGUUUGGGGUCGUUCCUGAAGGAUUUGGGGGGUUCA